AUGGCACUCGUUAAACUACCGCACCGCUUGGCCUCCCAUGACUUCUUGUCCGUGGGGGCAGUAGGAUGGGUCUAUCGGAUUAAUGACCGCAUUGUCCUCAAAUAUCCAAAGGACCCGGAUGAUACAGCCUUCAACCGAGAAGUCCAGGUUUUUGAUUUGCUGGAAAAGCAUGAUAUUUGCCCCGACAUAGUACAGAACUUCCUGUGCGUUCCGAACGGCAUUUUUCUAGCAUAUCUCAGCGGGGGGAGCUUAGAUCAGCGAUUACAGAGAAAUAGGAGGCAUACGGACAAUGGAACGGAAGUCUUCAGAAUUGAGCCCACAUCGUUGGUUGAGCGGUGGACUAUGGAGCUCUGCAGUGCCGUCUCUUGGCUCGAGUCACUUGGACGCGUCCAUGGCGACAUCCGGCCGCCGAACCUGCUUCUAGACGCCGAGGAUCAUCUGAAGCUUGCAGAUUUUGAUAGUGUGGCUAGUAUCGGCGAGCCAUAUGCCGGUGCUGCACCUCCAUGGGCGCGUCUACAGGGUUCCGAAGCGGGAAGUGAGAACGGCACGUUUGGGAUGUGCGGCGCUAGAACCGAGCAGUUUGCCAUCGGAUCGAUUAUCUAUUCAAUGACAAGGGGAUAUGAGCCUUAUGAGUUCGAGACUCUGAUUGAGGGUGGCCCGGAAAUUGUUAAACGCCUUCAAAAGAUGGAGUUUCCUAAAUUGAACGGAGGGGAUCUGGAUGGGAUUAUUGAGAGGUGUUGGAAGGGUGGAUUUUCAUCCUUGUGUGAUCUCUUAGAAGAAGCAAAGCUUCUUGGUGGUGCAAUACAACUGCCGCGUGCGACGAGCCUGAGCAGGGAGGAUUGCGAUAAGAUCCGGAAAGACUUCAGAUCGGGCGACAACUGGGUCCCAGGUAGCAAACUGAAGCUUCUUUCUCGCGAUACACGUAAUGGGGGUAUGGCGAAAGAUACAAACUCGUGGUAUUCGAAGAACAAAGCUGAGGAGUCGGUCGGAUUCAAUGCUCCUUACGAAGAGAUCAAAUACGAGAAGAAAAACAAGAACAAGAAAAGCAAGAAAUAG